AAUUCAAAUUUCCCUGAGUCAUGUUUUUUUCUAAACCCUGAAGGUGACACUAACACUCAGAGAUGAGGAAUUACUCAGCUGUGACCGAGUUCUUUCUGGUGGGACUCUCCCAAUACCCAGAGCUCCAGUUUUGUCUGUUCAUGCUCUGCCUCAUCAUGUACAUGAUAAUCCUCCUGGGAAAUAGCCUCCUCAUUAUCAUCAGCAUCCUAGAUUCUCGCCUCCACACCCCCAUGUACUUCUUCCUUGGGAACCUCUCAUUCUUGGACAUCUGUUACACAUCAUCCUCCAUUCUUCCAAUGCUCAUCAUCUUUAGGUCUGGGAGAAAAUCCAUCUCCUUUGUUGGCUGUGCUCUGCAGAUGGUUGUCUCCCUGGGGUUGGGCUCCACUGAGUGUGUGCUCCUGGCUGUGAUGGCCUAUGACCGCUAUGUGGCCAUCUGCAACCCCCUGAGGUACCCCAUCAUCAUGAACAGGGUGCUGUAUGUGCACAUGGCUGCAUGGUCCUGGAUCACAGGCUGUCUGAACUCCUUAGUGCAAACAGUCCUGACAGUGGUGUUGCCUUUCUGUGGGAAUAACAUCAUUGAUCAUCUUACCUGUGAGAUCCUGGCCCUUCUUAAACUCACCUGCUCAGAUAUCACUGUCAAUGUGAUUGUCAUGACAGUGGCAAGUGUUGUUUUAUUGGUGAUUCCUCUGCUGUUGAUUUUCAUCUCCUAUGUUUUCAUACUCUCUUCCAUCCUGAGAAUUAAUUCUGCUGAAGGGAGAAAAAAAGCCUUUUCUACCUGUUCGGCCCACCUGACUGUGGUCAUCUUAUUCUAUGGGUCAGCCCUUUUUAUGUACAUGAAGCCCAAGUCAAAGGACACAAAAGCAUCUGAUGAGAUCAUUGGGCUUUCUUAUGGAGUGGUAACCCCGAUGUUGAACCCCAUCAUCUACAGCCUGAGGAAUAAGGAGGUGAAAGAAGCUGGGAAAAAAGUCCUGAGCCGACACUUGCAUUUAUGGAAAAUGUGAAAACACUUGAGGAAUGUG